GAUCCUCCUGAGAACAUUGGGAUUGAUGAUCCUGGCCACCUCGGGCCGCUCUACAUCCACUGGACGGCUCCAGCCAGCCUGACCAACCUGACUGCCUGCUCCAUGAGAUACCACCUGGAGUACUUCAACACAUAUCAGAACAGAUGGACUGUAAGUCACUGGACACAUAACUAGACAUUGUCAAAAGUGUACCUGCAACACCGGAGGGUUAUCCUGGCAACACUUGUACAGUGUUGGCUGUCUGCCAGGACUGUGUGUUCUAAGGACACUUUAUUCUUAAACGCAGAAUAACAGAGAAGCGUGAUACACCAUCCAUAAACAGCCUGCCAAGACCAGUUAUGAUUUACACUACCUGUCAAAAGAUUGGACACCUACUCAUUCAAGGGUUUUUCUUUAUUUUUUUUAACUAUUUUCUACAUUGUAGAAUAAUAGUGAAGACUUCAAAACUAUGAAAUAACACAUGGAAUCAUGUAGUAACCAAAAAAGUGUUAAACAAAUUCAAAUAGCCACCCUUUGCCUUGAUAACAGCUUUGCACACUCUUGACAUUCUCUCAACCAGCUUCAUUUCAAUUAACAGGUGUGCCUUCUUAAAAGUUAAUUUGUGGAAUUUCUUUCCUUCUUAAUGCGUUUGAGCCAAUAAGUUGUGUUGUGACAAGGUAGGGGUGGUAUACAGAAGAUAGCCCUAUUUGGUAAAAGACCAAGUCCAUAUUAUGGCAAGAACAGCUCAAAUAAGCAAAGAGAAACAACAGUCUUUAAGACAUGAAGGUCAGUCAAUACGGAAAAUGUCAAGAACUUUGAAAGUUUCUUCAAGUGCAGUUGCAAAAACCAUCAAGCGCUAUGAUGAAACUGGCUCUCAUGAGGACCGCCACAGGAAUGGAAAACCCAGAGUUACCUCUGCUGCAGAGGAUAAGUUCAUUAGAGUUACCAGCCUCAGAAAUUGCAGCCCAAAUAAAUGCUUCACAGAGUUCAAGUCACAGACACAUCUCAACAUCAACUGUUCAGAGGGGACUGUGUGAAUCAGGCCUUCAUGGUCGAAUUGCUACAAAGAAUCCACUACUAAAGGACACCAAUAAGAAGAAGAGACUUGCUUGGGCCAAGAAACAUGAGCAAUGGACAUUAGACCGGUGGAAAUGUGUCCUUUGGUCUGGAGUGAACGGAUGAUCUCCGCAUGUGUAUUUCCCCACCGUAAAGCAUGGAGGAGGAGGUGUGAUGGUGUGGGGAUGCUUUGCUGGUGACACUGUCUGUGAUUUAUUUAGAAUUCAAGGCACACUUAACCAGCAUGGCUACCACAGCAUUCUACAGCGAUACGCCAUCCCAUCCGGUUUGGGCUUAGUGGGACUAUCAUUUAUUUUUCAACAGGACAAUGACCCAACACACCUCCAGGCUGUGUAAGGGCUAUUUUACCAAGAAGGAGAGUGAUGGAGUGCUGCAUCAGAUGACCUGGCCUCCACAAUCCCCCGACCUCAACCCAAUUGAGAUGGUUUGGGAUGAGUCGGACCACAGAGUGAAGGAAAAGCAGCCAACAAGUGCUCAGCAUAUGUGGGAAUUCCUUAAAGACUGUUGGAAAAUAAUUCCAGGUGAAAAUGGUUGAGAGAAUGCCAAGUGUGCAAAGCUGUCAAGGCAAAGGGUGGCUAUUUGAAGAAUCUCAAAUAUUAAAUAUAUUUUGAUUUUCUAACACUUUUUUUCCAUAUGUGUUAUUUCAUAGUUUUGAUGUCUUCACUAUUAUUCUACAAUGUAGAAAUAAAGAAAAACCCUUGAAUGAGUAGGUGUGUCCAAACCUUUGACUGGUACUGUACAUCGGAAGUCAAUAUUUCCCAAUUAUUAUAUCUCCUAAGCUCUGUCUAGAUUUGUGGUUGACUAGCUGUAACUGCAUUUAGCUUCAAUGGAAUUAUACUGAGGGUUUCCUGUAAAUGUAAAACAGCCUACAGCAUUUUUAGGUGGAGUAAGAAUGACAUGAGAACAUCAUGAAUAAAUUGGAGAUUUUUCAAAUCUUUUCAAUAUGAUAACUGUGGUUAUGGCUCUAAGGCCAUAGUAGUGGCCAGGUGCCUGAGGUAUGAAUAAUAUUAAUGUGAUAUUGUCUGUGUAUGGUUAGGUGAUCAGGACUGUACGGACAUGGUACAGUGCUCAGUUUGACCUGGAGAAGGAGGUCAGGGUGCGGAUCUCCACCUUACUGAGGGGAGCCUGCACCAACGGCACUGAGCUCAAGAGCCCCUUCACAGAGAUAGUCCUGCCACCCAAUAACACAGGUGAGGUCAGGAGGACAAUGUGCUUUUGUAGAUAUGGAAUUGUUUGGAUUAAAUUACAACAAUAGGCUGACAGAUAGCGAGAUAGCGUUCUUUCCUCUUAUCAUCCUAUAUGGGAAUGAACAAUGACAGGGGAGUGCUGUAUAGCUGAAAUUCUCUACAGGCACCAUUAUGGACAGAGGCGGAAUGGGGCGGUUCGAUUUGGUCGACCAGCUUCAGCCAUCUAUUAAUCUCUUACCUCUUUUAAAUUGCUUCCGGGCCCAGUUGGCUCCAGGGUCCAGGGGUUUGGCUGCGUGUUUUAUCAGAAGGAGUUCAUGGAGUGCACCUGGGAGACGGGCUUAGAGGAGCCAACCCAAUCCCAGCACAGCCUGUACUUUUGGUAGGUCACCCUAAAUGGGCACAUCAGAACAUCUCUCCUAAUGUAUAGCCUACCUACAUGUCUGUACCUGUAUAUACUGGACAAAUGUGACGUGUUGAUGUCUGUGUGCUUCUCCAGGCAUCGGGAGAUGGAACAAGCUGAGGAGUGUCCUCAGUACAUCCACUCCAAUGGGAUCAGGACUGGCUGCAAAUUCACAGAGGAAUCUCUCCCAGAAUUCCGUGAUUUCAACAUAUGCAUAAACAGCUCCUCUCCCAAGGUGGUCUUGAGGUCGGCGUUCUUCUCCCUGCAAAUUCAGAAUUAUGGUACUAAACACUCAACUUCACAACAAGGCAUGAUAUGCCUCACCUAUUCAAUGCAAUAUUGCUGUAUGUAGGAUAUUGCUCUUUUCAAUAAACAUUCUUCAGCUGCCCGUAAAGUUUUUUUUCUUCCAUAAUGUCCUUUGUUCAUAGCAUAUCCAAACAGGUAUUAUCUACACAGUUUUAUCUCCUAAUCUUUCCUCCUGUCUCAUUACACCCACUGGCAAUGACAUCAUUAUGUUUUCUCCUUUGUAUUUUCUCCUGUCUUUGUGAACAGUACACUGACUCCUUUGGGUGUGUCUGAACUCUUUAGUGAAACCUGCAGCCAUUGAGACCGUGCAUCUGGAGGCUAGUCCAGACAGGCGGCUACAGCUGCAGUGGGAAUUGCCCAACGAGAGGAUUCCCAGACACUGCCUGGAGUAUGAGGUGGAAGCCAGAGAGGAGGGCGUAGGCGGGCAGCAGCUGUUGGUAUGCCCUUGCCCUAUGUUUAUUAUGUGCCUGCAUUAUCUGAACUCAUGCGUUCCUGACUUUACUAUCCCUGACAGACUGAGCAAUGGCCAAGUUGCUACCUGUUAUGUCAGGGAAUUACAAAAUGUUUUGACACAUAACGUCAUGGAAGAUAACCUUUAAAGAAGCAAAUCAUAUAAUUCUUGGUUAGAGAAUAGACAGAAUCUUUCUGAAGUUUUGUUCAGAUCUGACGUUGUUCCUGUCACCAGCAGCAGAGGAACGUAACCAUUGAGAUGACGCUGACUUCUCUCUCAAUGGAUGGUGCCCAGAGGAAGUGCUUCCGGGUCAGGUCCAGGAUGCACCACUACUGUGCUGACAGAGGCUUCUGGAGUGACUGGAGCCAUUGGUCCUGUCACCCAGGUAACAGAUUUCUCCAUACAGAAAUCAUCUCCUGGUGUAUAUCCUUAAAUUCAAUUAAUAGAGUUGCCUGUUUAUUCUCCUCCAUGCAUAUUCUUCCCCCUGUAUAUCUGCAUAUACACUGAGUGUACAAAACAUUAAGAACACCUUCCUGAUAUUGAGUUGCGCCUCAAUUCGUCGGGGGCAUGGACUCUACAAGGUGUUAACAGCAUUCCACAGGGAUGCUGGCCCAUGUUGACUCCAAUGCUUCCCACAGUUGUCAAAUUGGCUGGAUGUCCUUUGGUUGGUGGACCAUUCUUGAUAAACACGGGAAACUGUUGAGCGUGAAAAACCCAGCAGUGUUGCAGUUCUUGACACAAACCGGUGCACCUGGCAUCUACUACCAUACCCCGUUCAAAGGCACUUAAAUCUUUUGUCUUGCACAUUCACCUGCUAAAUGGCACACAUACACAAUCCAUGUCUCAUUUGUCUCAAGGCUUAAAAAUCCUUAUUUAAACUGUCUCCUCCCCUUCAUCUACACUGAUUGAAGUGGAUUUAAAAGGUGACAUCAAUAAGGGAUAAUAGCUUUCCAUAAUGUUUUGUACACUCAGUGUAUUUCCUGUAAGAAGGAAUAUUUGAACCUGUCUCUUUCCCUAGAUACAGAGUCAGAUGCUGUGGUGGUCUGUGCCCUGGUCAUCGGGAUCAUCAUCUCUAUGUUGAUCCUGUCUCUGUUUGGGUGGGCACUAUGGAGAAAGUGAGUACACACACACACACACACACACACACACACACACACACACACAACCGUAUAGUAAACACUAAAAUACUGGUGAAGGAUCAUUGCAAAUCUUUAUCUACUCUCUGUCUCUUAGGUGGAAAGCCAGAGAGGGGAAAAGGAUGCCUUUCAGUCCCCUGCACAAACUGAUGGAAUAUUCCAAAGGACUCUCUGCUUGCAGUCAUUUCAAUAAAACGAGAGAACCAGUAGUAGAGCCUUUGCAAGCAUUGCCU